AGCGAACAACACAAGGAAUGUGAACUGUGUUGCAAGCCGAGCUGUCAAACUGCACGGCCUUUCAAAACAUUCAACUGUCAAACUGUUCCACCUCGAAAUCCGCAUCGGUGUCAGCAUUCCAACGAACGUAAACUAUUCAACAUCCAGCACGAUUGCAUGAAAGGAUGCCACACAUUGAGCUAGCACCGGACCGGAAGCUGCUAAAAACGAACUUCGAUGGGUACAUACUGUCGCUCGAGCCGGUACCGGUGCUGACGACGGAUUUUUCCACCACAAACCAUCCGCACCGUGUGAAGCCGAACGAGCAGCAAUAUUCCUACUACCAUGCGCGGCUCUUCGGCAUGCAGAACCAUCUGGUGCGGGACCCGUGGGCAACCGGGCAGUGUUACUACAUCGACGCAACCGGCAUGGUACAGCGCGUCUGUUACGAUCACACACUCGGGCGUAUCCGUCCACCGGCGCCAGUGUUUAAACUACCACUAGCACCGGCCGAUCUAGCGCCGGAUGAUGACGCAACCGGCACCUACCGGUACAACUGUUCGCUCGUGUUUCCCUCUGAGCAGCUGUGUCUACUGUCGGAUGGGUACGGUACCGUGCGGGUGCUCGAUACCGGCGACAGAAGCACGGGCCGUGAAUGGAAGCUACAAAGCGCGAUCCGACCGGUGGAAUGUAAUCUCGCGGAAGGUAUGCUACCCGGUGGGAGUGUGCUGCUGGAUGGGCGAUUUCUUGUGCAGGAAGGGAAGCGUUUGUUGCACUUUGUGCUGCUACAGAUUGAACACCAUGCGAUGGAAAAAUCGAAAUCUUUGCUACACUGGAUCACACUGGAACAGUCGACACCUCCGAGCUGGACGCUAACCGUGUCACGAACGCUACAUAGCGCUGGCUACCCGAGGUACUGUGUGCUGGAUUACCAUGCGACGGCUGUGCUGGUGGCGUGUGAUGAACCGUUUCGAUUCCUGCACGAUUCCGAGCAUCCGGUCGUUGUGCCAGAACAGAAGCCGCCCAGCGCAGAUACACAGGAACAUCCGGCCUGGGAACAGUAUCCCUUCCGGUGGACGCAAACGGCCGACGAGAUAAGUGUAACGUUCGAAAAGCAGCCCAACGUACAGUACCGGGUGGUGACCGAACCAUCCUCCCCGGGGGGUGAGACCUGUUUGAAGGUGUUUGCCAACGAUCUGCUCGUGAUCGACGGGACGCAACUGUUCGCCGCGAUUGACCACGAACAGACGGUAUGGGCUAUGGAUCGGAAAACGCUUGAAAUCUCACUCCAAAAGCAGACUGCUGGUGUGAUGUGGCCGUUCCUGCUGCCCGGUGGUCCGGAUGAUACGGCUGGUGCACCGGCGGACUCGGAUAACCUACCGUCCGAUUUACCGCCCGCUACGAACCUAAGCGCACCACUCGAACCGUGCGACUUUGAAGGCGAUCGGGACACGUAUUACACGCUGGAACGGCUUUCCUGCACCGACCACACGGUUACGCACACAGUUCCACUUGGCAGUGGUCCACCACUGUUUGCAGUAACGGUACGUGCCGGUUUGCCAGCAACAUUCGCUUUAAGGCACGAUGUCGAUGCGUGUCUGUGGCAACUACAGCCCACACCGUACGGGUCGGAAGACUGUCGAUUUCAGCACGAAGGUACACUGCACGCGUUCGGGUACGUUCAGGCAUCGAAACAACAGCAGAAAUAUCUUGCUUGCCCACCCGGGAUGGAGUAUGCAGUGAUCUGCGAGUCACACCGUGGGAUUUACAUCUACAAAGCGAGCUAUGGGGCCGGUGGGGCCGGCUUGCGCAACCGAACCGGGCCACAGGUUGCGAUCGGCCAGUAUCAGUUCGUGAGUUUGAAGGAUUCGGGCGAGGUGCUGGGGAUAAGUUGCGAGGAUGAGAUGGUGCUUUUGCUAACCGAGAAGGCUAUUCUUAUGCUACAGAUUACCAACGGAUAAUCGCUUCUUACAAUGAUGGAAGGUUUCUUUUUUAGUAUCGAACCUGUUUUUUCGUUAUUCUUAUGCAACUUUAGUAAAGAGAAAGAACUGCGAAGCUAACGGGUAUCAGGAUUCCGUUUAUUACACACCAUCGCAUAGCAAGGGCGUUAAUAAACUUUCGCGGCAAUUAAAAAAA